AUGGAUGAACACAACAGAGUUUCCUGUUCUCUGGUUAUGGGAAAGGCCAGAGUGACCCCGUCGAAGCCAUUCACCAUUCCUAGAUUAGAACUGACGGCUGCAGUGACAUCUGUAAGAGUGAGCAAUUUCCUGGCCAAAGAGUUACAAUAUGAAGAUAUAUCUCACACUUAUUGGACUGACAGUAUGGUGACACUAGGCUACAUAACAAACGAGGCAAGGCGUUUUCACAUCUUUGUGGCAAACCGAGUUCAACUAAUUAGGGAUUUUACAUCUCCAGAGCAAUGGCGACACAUUGCUACCAAAGAUAAUCCUGCAGACAUAGCGUCGAGAGGUGUCAGCGCAAAGGAAUUGAACCAGAGUACUUUGUGGUGGAAGGGACCAACAUUCCUAUCGACAGCAGCGACGUUGAUCCCAGAAACCAACCAUGUAGAUUUUCAACCUGACGACCCAGAAGUCAAGAAAGUAACUGUGUUGGUUACAAAAGUCAAACCGGGUAGCCAUGCAGCCAUAUUAACAAGACUGGAAUAUUUUUCGAGCUGGCAUAAGGCAAAGCGAGCUAUCGCUGUAUGUCUACGAUUUAAGAAGAAACUAGUGAACCGAAGUGUGAAGCUGCCGAAAGUCUGUGAAGACUUAAAAUCAUUGAAGGAAGUGAUAAAGAUAUCAUACAUACCUGUUGAUGUCGACGAAAUGCGAAGGGCUGAGCAGGAAAUUAUCAAAUUAACACAGCAACAGGCAUUUGCUAAAGAGUUGCAGAUUCUCCAUAAUACAGAAUUCUCAAGUACCACGACUGGUGGAGAUAGCCGAAAGAAGCACUCACUGAAGAAGACUAGCAACCUAUUCCGACUGGACCCAUACCUCGAUGAAAGUGAAAUACUUAGGGUAGGAGGAAGAAUCAAAAGAGCGAAUCUUCCUAGAGAUAUAACCCAUCCAGUGUUAUUGCCUAAGAAAAUGUCACAAGUUUGA